CCCUACUUUAUAAAAGUCGGAGAGCAUGUGUAUGUUUGUUAAUUAUUAUUGCUGAAGUAAUAUCUACUCAAUUGGUGCAAUCUCCGCGCACCGAUUUUACUGGAACCAGCAAAUCUGGGUUAAAUUGUAUAUAUAUGUGAGAGCAAGAAACGACAAUUAAUUUGGUUAUUCCAUCGUGUGAUGUAUGAUGUGGCCAACAUAGUGUAUUUACGGAAAUACCCAAUAAAAUGGAAAUACCCAAUUAUUCAUGCUGAUCACGAGUCAUAAAAAUUAAAAAGUGAAAAACAAGAUUAAUUAAAAGAUUACACCGGAUAUUUUUAAAAGCAUGGAUGAAAAUCCUCCCGGUAUACAGCCUCUAUAUGGAUACCCAGAGGUGGAGAAGGGGAUAAAGAUGGACGUUACAGAGGAGCAUGUGAAAGCCAAUCUGAAGUCAUUCGAUGGCAAAAAAGUUGAAGACUCUCAUUGGGCCAACCAGUGGUGGCUGAAGGGAUGUGACUCGGUGACAGAUGAGAACGCAGAACAUGACUUUGUGUCAGUUUGUGGUGAAAAAAAGAAAUGCUGGGGGAGUAGCGUAUCACCGUGGGAAGGUCGACACAGUUCCAUACUGUGCGAUGAAGACAAUGAAGACCCGCUUCUUACACCGAGUCUUCAAUUAAUGGGAGAGUUUUACGAAGGAAAGAGUGUAACGCCGACAGAACACUACCAGAUACCUGUUUCUGGCAAGAAUUUGAUUCAGUUAAAGGACGACACUACACUAUGUGGUAAAGUCAGUAAGCUGAUCCUCCCUGAUGGUGGAGCACCGACACCUCUCACACACACAAGUUGCUAUCUUCCUACUCCACCGAUAGCGUGCCACAAAGUUCACUCACCAUUCGCAAGAUACCGAUGCAAAGCGUGUGGGGAUGAGCAAAGCGAUGAGUGGCAUGUUUCUAAACUGCUGACAGGCAAGGGAGGUUUUGGUAAAGUGUAUCAAACAGACCACUUCGGCAUACGUUUGGCGAUUAAGCAAUUCAACGAAUGCAAUUGCAAGCGCGUGAAGGGAGGAGAAUGCUGUGAUAGUUGCGCAGAGAGCAGACAGAGAGAGAUUGCUACUUUGAUUCAGCUCCAGCAUCACAACAUCGUCACCAUCAUGGGCCACUGUGAGGGACAUCACGAGUUCCUGAUGGAAUUAAUGACAGGAGGCACUAUUGCGGAUCUAGUUGCAAAUCUAGUUGCAAAUAAAAAAAAACUAGGUAUAUACGUAAUAUUGUCGUAUACAAUUCAAGUUACUCAGGCUCUGGAUUAUAUCCACGAGGAAGGAUACAUACACAGAGAUCUGAAAGGUAGAAACUUGCUUCUUGACGAGACAAGAAAGAUCGCGAAAAUAGCAGAUUUUGGCCUGACGGUCAGGUUACAGCCCUGUCAGAAGGAAGUAACUGACGAUGGCACGCCCGGUACGCCUGUCUUUAUGGCACCAGAGGCUGUGAGCAAGGGGAAAUUCAGCAAGGCCAGCGACAUUUGGUCACUCGGUUGCUGCGUGUUUGAAAUGGCUACUGGAAAGCUGCCCUGGAACGUCAAAAAUGAUUGUCAAGCCAUAUGGCAGAUUGGUAACGCAAAAGACCCGCCAGAUAUUCCAGAUGACGUCCACCCAAAGUUGAAACACGUCAUCGAGUGGUGUAUGCAGAUUGAGCCGAACAAACGUCCCACCACCAGGGAGCUUCUCCAGUGGUUACAGGAUGUUUGCUUUGAUCAAUACCAAUACCAGAAGUGUGAACCAUACUGACGAUCUUAUGAGAUAUCUGGAAAAAUACGUCGAUGUCGAGUGUGUAUUGUUCUUUAAUAAUUGACUAGUAAAUACCUGAUAAUCAUUGCUUUAGUUGACCGACAAUAACAUAUUUUUAAGUGGUAAAAAUGACUAAGUUGUGCUAUACAAUCAAUUUAUUUCCUUAUUAUUGGGAAAACAAUGUACAUCAAGGCCAGUCGACGUUGUUCAUGGUUUCGUGUAAACCUUUUGCAGAUGGAACUUGACUUUUCCCAUAUUAAGACGAUCUUAUUGCGUACAAGUAUAUUUUUACAUUUUAAAAAUGAGAUAGAAUCCUAGUUAUGUUGUUUUCGUGCUUUACCCAGUUUUUGUCUUGUGUAUUCAUGACUGUUUGCAAUUGGUGAAUACCAUUAAUAAAGGAGUUUGUGCUACGAUAAGGUUCUUUUUUGCUGACGUAGCUGCAGUUUAACUCUUAAUAUCAUUUUUGUUACGGUAAACUCAAUGUAGUACUAUGAAAAUAAUUAUUAAAAUAAAACAGUGUUUUAAUGAG